AUGGGAGAUGAUUCAUUAUAUUUGUCCACUAGAGAAGGUGCCCUUGCUGUGGUUGCCACCGCAAUGAAGAAGUCCCGUCAACUGUUCCUCACGCUAUGUAUUAACUCCUUAAUGGGGGGUAUAUUCUUCUCAUCGGGGGGUAUGCUUAAUUCUAUGAUCUACGGAUACUCUUAUCUGUUGGUCGAAAACAAUCCUUCGAUUGUAAGGAUUCUACAGGGUCUUAUGUAUCCCAUAGGAUUAUUUUAUGUUGUGAUUAUGGGAGUAGAUCUCUUUAACUCAAAUAUAUUAUUUUUCAGCACUGGUCUUGUGAGAGGAGCAGUAUCGAUCGUGGAUCUUUUAAUAAGCUUAAUGGUGAGCUGGUGGCUCAAUUUAGUUGGAAAUAUAUUUGUGUGCUAUGUCAUAUGUCAUUAUUCAAAAGUCAGUCAGGAUCCGAGCUUCGUACAGGGAUCCAUUGAACUUGUUAUAGAGAAAGCGGAUUUUUCAUUUGUGCAAAAUUUGUUGAAGGGUAUAGCAGGAAAUUUCUAUGUUGCACUCGCAAUCUACUUGCAGUUAAUGGCUAAACCUUUGCACGUCAAGUUUAUUUUAUUGGCUCUUCCCGUUUUUACAUUCGUUUCAAUGGGAUUUACGCAUUCGGUUGCAGAUAUGUUCAUUCUCAUUUCUGGAUUGAUUAAUCAUGCUCCCGUAUCAGUUGCCACGGUGGCAUGGAAAGUUUUCUUACCAGGCGCACUAGGUAAUAUUAUUGGAGGCUCAUUCUUUGGAAUUGUUAUUGUAUGGUAUUUGCACUUAUACGUCGUGGAGCAAGAUAUGAGAAAGUUGAAUUUACCUGAAUAUGAGGCAAGAGAUGAGCAGCCAGAAUUAAAUAUGGAUUCAAGAGUUGUAAGACAGAAGUCAAUCCCGGAGGAAGAUGAAAAAGCUUAUGUCGCGCCAGACGGCACCAGUACUGAUACUUCAGCAGAGGACUACGUUCCUCAGACGUUAUAUCCUAAUGAAGAUCAAUCUAGAACAAGUCUACGUCCCACGGCUUCCAGAAGAAGCACUUUGACGAGAUUUAGUACUGCAGCCACUAACAGAUCUUUUGGCAGAUCUCCCAAGAACGUGUUCCCAGUCUAUGGAAUGGGUGAACCUUUAGAAAGAGAAAAAAGUAUUGCUUCUGGGACGAAUGAUAUUGAUGAAAGACUAGAAGAUAACGAUGCAACGUCGGUUCGUACAUCCGCUACCGAUUAUUCUGAGCCAAGGAAGGCUGAUUUCAUUGGUUCUCAGUUGAAACGAAUUGUGACUAGACGUAGUUCCAGUGCUAGAAAGAGCUCCUCUGAGGCUGAAGAAGAACCUUAG